UUUCCGGUCGCGUCAAUCCAAAUACUGUCUUUUUUAUUAAUAAUUAGGUGAUACGACACGUGCAUUUCCUUACCGCAUCCCUUUCCCGCACAUACCUUUCCAGCGAGCGAGAGCGAGAGCGCUUCGCUGGGAAUUGGUUCCGCGAGUGCCCGCGCGCCGUACGGGGUGCGGGUGCAAAAAACACUCUUGUUCGCGCCCCGCAAUGACAUGGACACGAUGACGUCGCUCGCAUAAUUAAUUGAAAAUUAUCGGUCUGUGAUGUUAUUUCCUUAAUUAACUUCGUAUGACUGUGCAUAUCAUAGAUAGUGAAGUUUAGUAUAAGUGGUCGCCGCAAGCAGAAACACGAAGCCGCCAGCAUCAACCAGCCGAACCGCCGCCGCAGACGCCAUAAGGUUCAUACCAACCAAGCAAUGAGCUGAUGCUUCGCUUCUACAGCUACUUCAAACAGGCGACGGAGGGACCUUGCGACAAACCCAAGCCGGGUUUCUGGGAUGUUGUCAACAGAGCAAAAUGGGAAUCAUGGAACAAACUGGGCAACAUGACACGCGACGAAGCUAUGCAGGCGUACGUCGACGAGUUACAUAAAAUAGUGGAGACGAUGUCGUACAGUUCUGACGUUGCGUCGUUCCUCUCGGUCGAUGACGAUGAACAAGGCUUCCCCAACAGCGACCUGGAGCUCGUCGCCGGUGACGUUCUCGCGCGCGUCAGGUCCGAGCACAACACGCCUAUUGGCUCGCGGUCGGUGAGCGGCGCGUCGUCGCCGGCGCGCGCCGCGUCGCCGCCGCCGCGCACGCGCCACGACUCCGAGGACGAGUACAUAGACACGGUUGAUGUUAGUGUUAGUGAGCCAGAGUCGCCAGCGCAACAACGGCCCGCUCCCAGACUCAGUAAUGGACACGCUCACCAGAUCACAUCGCAGCUGACACAUCUGAAAGUGUUAGAGCAGCUCCCCGGCACGCUCGCGAGGCUCGAGGCUGACGUCGCGGCGCUGAGGAAAGCCGUCGAGGGCGACCGCCGGAUAUUAGAUCAAGUGUCGCACGGGUGGCGGUGGCCGUGGCAGGAGCUGAGCCCGCCGACGCUGGCGCUGCUGCUGGUGUGGCCGUUCAUCGCGUACAGGAUCGCCUCGAGGAACUCGCGCCGCGCCACAUAAGCGUCGCAACAUCACGGUACAACAUGCUAGUUUAGGCGUCUCACACACGACCAGUCGCCGUCGACGUGUCGCUUGUAAUGUUCGGAUAUCUGUAUCCGCAUAUCCGUACGUGCCGACGAGCGGCGAACAUUAUAUUAUUACAUUUAUGUGUGGUCGGAUACUUGACUUUAUAAGCACAUAUCUCUUUAUUUCUUUUAACUAUUUCUUUGCUCAAAAAUAUCUUAAGUAUAUCAUUCGACAGCUUUAUUAUUAUUGGUAAUUGGUAAUACACUAAACGACGCGUCAAUAUGCCCAUUUUCAACAAGAUAAUUUUUGACGUUGUCUAAUUUGUUAAAUGUCUUAGUAAGUAAACAUCACCUCUACUAUUCUUUAAACUUUUAAGACUACAUUCAUACAAUGAAUUUAGUUUUUCCUUUCCACCACAUUUAUUUGUAAUAAUGUCCUCGUGUUAGAGGACAGUAUCGCAUUUUAUUAUUGUACACAAGAGUGGGCGUUUGAUGAUUUUGGGUAUUGGUUUAUUUUAUAACGGUUCGAUAUCGUUGAAGUUAGUUUUGUGUAAAUUAUUUCCAAAAUUACUCGUAAUAGUUUGGUGACUAUGGUUAUUCAAGACAUCAUUCCAAACUUUAACUAAACGCGAAGGUUUUAUCGGUAAUUUUCAAUUUGACGUGAUAUAUUUUUUUAAUUUAAUGUCGUGUUACGGUCGAUGAACAAUGGCUGUGUAAUUAUUGUUUGUAAUGCGACUUUUUGUCGUUCAGUUGUGUAGCUAAUUUGUAAACGCCCUUAUAUCUACUUAAUUUGUGAGAUCUGAUGUGUGUAGGAUUUUGAUGUCACAGUAUCACAGUACGUCAAAUCGUAUAAAACAAUAUUAGAACAAUAGUGGUAGAACGAUUUAGUUUUAUUGUAAAUAGUUUCCGAUAAAUUAUGUUUAUUGUUGGUACUUAAAUUAAAAUGGAUGUUUGCAAUUUUAUGAACAUAUAUUUAUUAAAACAAACAUACAAAAUGGGGCUAUUGACUUACUUAUCGGUCGGGUUAUUUUAAUUUACGUUAUUGGUAGAUAGUGUUCGCCGCGCAGUCAUUGGUCAUCGGCCUUAUGACAGAAUUUAUGCAUUGUUACCUAUAUUUUUACUUUCAAACAUUCGUCAUUUAAGUCUAACGUUUACUGGUAGGUUUAUAUAUCGGUAUGUGUUAUUUGUAUGUGAUAUGUAGUUAUUAAUGUGAUGGUCGGUUUCACCACUAUGUUACGUAAAGAAAUAACGGCAAUUAGAGUUUGUCCUUUGUUUGUAAAGGCUAGUUUUAUUGACAGCAACAUAGACCCGUAUUAAUAAAUGAAAGUCAACUUUAUGUAUGAUGUAAAUAGACUUUUAAUUAGAACUAUUUAAUAAACCAAGCUUAAGUUCAUCGCUUGGGUGUAUUGUUUGGGUGCCCCGUCGAGGCAGAGAGAAACUGUAGGCUUUCGAGCGCGGCGCGGGAGCGAUGGCACAUGAUGCCGCCGUGUAUUAUGGCGGCGCACUACAAGUUUGCUAUUUAAGAGCUGGUUCUCAACUGAGUGACGGUUGUUAAAUAAACGAAAUUCAACUGUCAAAAUCAGUCAUACGCUGUGACUGAACAUCAUUUGAGAUGUUGAACUGUUUAUUAAAUAACGACGACGUCAAGAUGCUGACUAACAUGAUAGCGUCUCAGCUGAUAUUGCACUUAAGAGCGAAAUUGAGUUGCAUCUUUUAAUACGGCCCUUAGUUUCUUUGCCUGUGAUGUAUAUGUGUUGGCAACUAUUAUCGAUUUUGCUUAAGCUAACGUCUUCAGUCCGAAAGAAACUGAUUGUUAGACUGGUAUAUCAACAAAUUGAUAUAUCUUUAACAAUAAAGGCUAAUCGAUGGACACCUGAUUUGUCAAAAUCGGCGCUUUCAAUAAACGAUCCCAAUCACUUUUUAGUAGUGUCUCAAAAAUGGACCAAUCAGAGCAAAGUUUUUUGACAUGCUUACAAAUGAGUUAUUUGAUUGGUUCAUUCUCGGAUUAAACAUUGAUAUUGGGAUUCUUUAUUGAAAACGGAUGAUAAUCGAACAAAAAUAGGAUUUUUACAUACAUAGAGUGUAAAAAUAAUUAACCUUCCUCGCUUCGCCAUAGUCGGAACAUAGAUAAAUCCGUGUUGAACGUUUAGUAUAGAGGUGAAACCGUCUACGCGAAUGUAGUUUUUAUUUCGAAAGGUAUCACCAUACUAGCUAAGUCAAUGUAAUUCACAUAAUAUCACGAUUUCUGUAUGAAGUACAUUUCCAUUGGAGUUUUUCUUUUUUCACUUAGUAUUUAAAUGUUUUUACGACGUAACUAUGCUGAUUGUUUUCUCGCUUGUGGAUGUUACAUAUGAAUUUUUUAAUGUAGUUUCAGUCCUGUAAUAUUACGUAAUAGCGGUCUAAUAUCAGUAACAAAUUCACAAUAAAAGUAUGGAUAAGAUAUAAAUAAUGUUGUUUAUUAAUGGAAAUGUACUAUUGAUGUGGUGUUCAUUCUUAGAUGUGAAAAUAAUGUAGAUAAAUUAUUCGCUGAUUAGGGGCAUUCAUCAGGGCGAAUUAAACUGUUGGACUUUUGUUAUUAAUUGUAAUAAAGGGGAUCUUUUGAA